CAGGAGAUGAUUAUCUGUACGAAGUCUGACCAUCGAUCUCUAUCUACUGCACAUGUGGCGUCCCAGUCCCACUCCCAGUCCCACUCUGAACUGACCACUUCUUUUUUGGCAGUUUUUGCCAGAGGUUUCUUUCACUUGCGGGUGGAGGGUGUAGCUGAUGUGGAUUUGUGGUGCAACUACUUCAACAGCUCACUAUCCAUUUGCCUGCUUGUGUAGUGAGCAUAGCUGGGCUCUCCUGUUGCUGUUAGCGAGAGUGUAGUCGUCUUGCUUGUUAGCUUUUUGCCAUGGCGCAUCCACCAAGCGCAAGUGGAAGCGAUGCAGUGCGCCAAGACAUUCGUACGUUCGAGUCGAGCCGUCAGGCAAUGCGCGCUGUGAAAUCGCAAUUGGACGCGCUGAAAGACGAAGCACAGCGGUCGAACAUCCUAAACCAAUGGAGCAAGGUGGAAGGUGCAUUGAUGGAAAGCCAAGAAUGGACGUUGCCACGUAGCAUACCGGAGAGAAGACUGGUUGUUGUGGGUAGCCCAGUGUCCUGUAAGACACAAGUUAUCCAAAGAUUUGUCUACGGCAACCAGCCACCACCGAUCUCCUGCCAAGAUGGUCGGUACAAGAAAGAAGUGGCGAUGGACAACCAGAGUACACUACUGUUGAUUCGGGAUGUUACCAGUUCACCGUCGGCACAGGUCUGUGAAUGGGCCGAUAGCUUCCUGCUAGUGUUCAGCGUUUGCGAUGAAUUGAGCUUCAACUUGCUGGCCAGUUAUCACAGUCGUAUCACAGACUACUGUUCGGAUCGCUCUGUACCCGUACAGAUAGUCAUGGUUGGCACACAAGAUGCCAUCACCGACUCGAAGCCGCGUAAAGUGCGACCCGCUGAGAUCCACAAGCUGGCUAUUGACCUGGGGAAGCUGGAGUACUAUGAAGUGAAUGCCAUACACGGCGUGAACAUCGAGCGUGCCUUCCUGGAAGUGUUGCAGCUGGUGUCUUCAGCUCAGAGUCAAGAGCAACAACCCCUGCCCGUACUCAUGACCCCUCCGGCAACAUCCAACUCUGCACCUGCCAUAAGCGUGCAGUCAGCAUCACCACCAGCAUCGCAUAAAAAGUCGACGCGCAAGAAGCCGUCACGCUUUCAGCAUAAGACAUCACUCUCUGAUGUGGCCCCUAAGGUACCUCUUGGAACGGGCCGGGACAUUCCUGUGAAACAGGGUUUCCUCAACAAACGGUCUAGUGGUCUCCAGAAGGACUGGAAGCGGAAGUAUGUCACGCUUACCGACAAGGAUAUCACCUACUACCCUAGCAUGAAUGACUACAUGGAGAACGAACAUGGCAAGAGUCUGAGUCUACAGCGUAUCUCAGUCAAGAUUCCCGGCACACGGCCCAAUGCCAUUCCACGACAAACAUCCUCCUCGCACACCGGCACGACAACACCAUCUGAGACGUCUGAUCGAGAGCAAGUUGCCCCGACCAGCCCUAUUGGCUUUCUGCCCGCAUCUCCAACCAAACAACAAGGAAAGUAUAGCUAUGAUUUACAGCAGAUGGGCGGUGACAUGAGCACAUCGCCACACCGUCUUGAGGCGGACAGCAGUGACCGUGAGGGCAGCCGUCCCAAUAGUAGCUUUGCAGUGAACGGCGACGAUGAAGGAAUCGAAAGCGAAGAUGGCAGUCAGCCGCGAUCGCGGAGUGGCACACUGGGCAGCACGACCAAGAAGGGUCAUCGGCGACAUCGCUCCUGGGGCUUGCGGGAAACGGAAAGCCUGGGCGAAGAGAACACUGAGUUUCAGAUUGUGUCCCUCAACAAGUGCUGGACACUGGAGGCACCCAGCUUUGAAGAAAGACUAGCGUGGACCAAGGCCAUUGAGAAACAGAUCCUCGCCAGCCUGGGAUGUUCGCAGUCCGCUAAGGCAACUCGCGGAGGCUCGACUGCUGCCGGCGCUACCGAGGAAAUCCGAAAAGUGGACGGCAAUGAUUUCUGCGCAGAUUGUGUCUCGCCAAAUCCGGAAUGGGCUAGUCUCAACUUUGGUAGCCUGCUAUGCAUACAGUGUUCUGCGGUGCAUCGACAACUUGGAGCUCACCUGUCGAGAGUGCGAUCUUUGGAGCUGGAUGAAUGGAGCCCCGACUUGGUGGAGUUGAUGGUGAACUUGGGCAACAGCUUGGCUAGAGACAUGUACGAGGCAUUACUCAAUCAGAAGGGUCUUUGCAGACUACCUUACUCUGCCACAAGAGAAGAGAGGGAUGUCUUCAUACACAAGAAGUACGUUGACAAGGAGUUCUUGGAGCCUUGGACUACAGACAUGCCGUCUCUUGGCGAGCAACUUCUUGAUGCGUGUCAGCAAGAGGACUGCCAGCUGGUCUUUCAGUUACUGGCACACUGCACAGCGGAGGAUGUCAACAUGCACUACGGUGCUGGCGAUGGCCGCACAGCGCUGCACGUGGCGUGUGCACUGGGCAACGUCGUGCUCACACUGCUGCUAAUAUGGAAUGGUGCCAAUGUGAAUGCAACGGACAGUAACGGUAGAAUUCCACUCGUCUAUGCACGCACCGCCAAGCACACAGCUUGCAUCGAGAUCCUCCUGCAGAAUGAGUCACGGGCCGACAAUAGCGACGACGCGCCGAUCUUCGUGACUGACCAGCGACUGGUGCUGGACACGUUGCAAGGGAAAUAUGUAUGACGUUAGUCGUUAGUGGCUGCCGACUAUUGAGAUAUGCUACCCCAUUACUUUAUCUAAUCCAAUUAUACUAGUAGACGUAUAGACCUAUUUGUCUGUAUGACUGUGCUGUUCUAUAUAGACUAUCAUUCAUGAUCAAAAUGAUCUACUUGUUGAGACAUAAUUAUAAAUAUGCAUGCGUCCUGAGAUCAUAGGCUACAUACACAUUCUGUUUAAGCUGUUUGAACUAGUGUGGCCCAAGGCAGCAAAACCUUUCGAAACCAUUGAUCUCCCUUUCCUUCUCGUUGUUUUUCAUCUUGCUGUGUGCUGCUUUUUCCACACUGAUACGCCGAGACUGCGAAGCACGGUGCAGUGUGGCAAUGUUUGGAGUCGAUGGUGACAUUUAUUUUAUUUCAAGAAAGGGGAGGCAGGCAUAUCUGCUGACCUACCCUUGUUAGCUUAUAGAAUAAUACUCUUCUACUUCAAGUACCUUUUUCACUUUGGGGAGAAUAUACUUACUUUUUGUCUGUUGUUGGUUAAGCAAAUGAAUCAAGCCAAACAACAA